AUGGCGCAGAAGGAGACCAGCCGAGUGAGUGGUCCUGGAGCGGAGCAAAGCCCUACGGUCUCACUCCCUGCACCUUCCAUCUUCAGAGGCCAGGGACAGGAUCCCAUGGGCACAAGUCAAGGGAGAACUGAGCCCACUGAGAAAGCUGGAGAAGAACCUGAGAAGAAGCAGUUCGGGGAAAUGCGCUCGCUCUCGGCGCUCACUUUGGACGAAGCCAACACGUUUCACCUCGGGCCCCGUGUGCCCAGGAAUGUCAUCAAGCACCCGGGAAGUGCAGGCAGCAGGGACCCCGGGGGCGGGGACAGCCACCGUGGCAGACUAGGAGCGCAGACACGCAGAUCCCACACCGACUGCAGCGGACGGGGUCGCCUGCAGCCCCAGCAGAUCCGCUCCCGGUGCAGCACGCAGAAAAGAAAACCUUAUUUGAUGGCAGAAGGCAGACCUUCGGGGGCCAUCCCGAAGCCACCGGUGUUCCCUGUGGACGACAGAACGGCGGAAGUGGUGCAGAGCAUCCUGCUGGAGCGAGGGUGGGACAAAUUUGACGAAGGAGGGCAGAACAGCGACAACUGGAACCUGUAUUGCGGGACUUCCUCCUGCCGGAUGACUGAGCGCGUCCGCGUGAAGCCGGGGCAACGGCUGAACCACCACCCAGGCACCACCAGGCGGACCGGAAGGACCGCCUGGCCAGGCACCUGAAGCGCAUGGAAGAGGACAUCCGGCGGGCCCCUGCACGAGUUCAUCCCGCUGACGUUCGUCAUGCCCCACGACUACAACAAGUUCAUGGCUGAAUACUCGCGGGAGAAGCACGUGACGGCCGCAAAGCGCAGCUCCUGGACCUGCAAGCCUGUGGAGCCAUCUCGCAGGACGGGGAUCAUCAUUUCCAGUGACAUUAAAGACUUAGUCUUUGAUGAUACAUACAUAGUACGGAAAUAUACCUGCCACCCUUUCUUCGUGGGCAGAGGUAAACCUGACCUCCGCAUCUGCGUCUGUACCACGGGCUUUAAGCCUUUGACCGUUUACGUUUAUCAGGAAGGGUUAGCGCGCUUUGCCACGGAGAAGUUCGACCUGAGUAAUCUGCAAAACAGUUAUGCCCCCUUGACCAACCUCAGCAUCAACAAGUCCGGGGCCUCGUAUGAGAAAAUCAAAGAAGUGAUCGGUCGCGGCAACAAGUAGACCCUCAGCUGGUCCUUCUCUUACCUUCGCAGCUGGGACGUGGAUGGCCUGCUUCUGUGGCAGAAAAUCCACCACGUGGCUAUUCUCACGGGGCUCGCCAUCACUCCCUCGGUCCCCUUUACGGCCAACUGCUUGGAGCUCUUUGGGUUUGAUAUUUUGACUGAUGACAACUUGAAACCGUGGCCGCUAGAAGUCAACUUCAGCCCUGCCCUGUCCGUGGAUUGUUCGGCGGACGUUCUGAAGAGAAAACUCAUCCACGACACUGCUGAGCUGAUUUACUUGCGGGGUCUGAGGCACAGGAGGGCAGAGGGCAGUGGGUCCCGGGGCAGCGGCGGGGUCCCCCUCGCGGAGCUGGAUGCCGGUGGGCUCAACCGCGUGGGCGGAACCGUUCCUCGUGAGUCCCUCUUUCCGGUCAUGGGCAGACCGUUUAAGGAGGAAUCUGGUGAAGAAGCCGUAAAGAUAUGUCCCGAGAGUAAACGUGCCUCCCAGCCUAGGGAAAUGACGAGUAGGAAGAAAGACCUUCUCCUUUCAACAAGAGGCCCCCAAACCAAGCCAAAGUUAAAGGGCAGACACACGCCCCACAAAGCACUCAUUCAGUUUGUGUCCCUCAUCCAAGCGUGUGCCCACCAGACAAGCAUCGCCCCGUGCAUUGCCUCGGACUAGAGCAAAGUGCCAGAUCUCCAAGAAGGGAAAUUUGUUCUCAUUUUUCCUUUCAACGAAGCAACUUUUGGAGCUUCCAGGAAUAGAUUAAACGUCAGGAGAAUAAUCCAAGAGUUCCAGAAACGAAUGAACAAACAACACUCCCAAGUGGCAGAAAAGGAAACAAAGAGAAGGUGA